AUGCCUGAGCCAGCAAAGUCCGCGCCCAAGAAGGGCUCCAAGAAAGCCGUCACCAAGACCGCCGGCAAAGGCGGCAAGAAGAGGAGAAAGAGCAGGAAGGAGAGUUACGCUAUCUACGUGUACAAGGUGCUGAAGCAGGCCUCCCGCCUGGCGCACUACAACAAGCGCUCCACCAUCACCUCCAGGGAGAUCCAGACCGCAGUGCGUCUGCUGCUGCCAGGAGAGCUGGCCAAGCACGCCGUGUCUGAGGGCACCAAGGCCGUGACCAAGUACACUAGCUCCAACUCCAGGGACUCACAUGGAGACACGUCUGCAGACGACAAUGUCCGGGAGCGUGCAGAUGACGAAGCAUCACAGCCACAAUCUCCAAACCCACAUGACACAGAAGAACGGCUCAUAAGAACCCCCCCAUCCCCACCUCACUCCAGCACACCGAUUGUAGACACACCUCAUUCCUCACAAGUGAAUUGGAAGAAGAAGACCGAAGAGCAUAUUAUCCACAGCACCCACACCAGCUCCCACCACAGCACCCACACCCGCUCCCACGCCAGCACCCACACCAGCUCCUUCACCAGCACUCACACCAGUAUUCAGAACUGCACCCACACCAGCAAUCACACCAGCACCCACCACAACACUCAGAACUGCACCCGCACCAGCAAUCACACCAGCAACAGGUGUACAGCCCUGCAAGUUUCCUGUCCGACCUGA